CGGACCGACCCACUGCAGACGACAGCCCAGACAUGCAACAGGUUGGAAGGUUGUUGUAACAUGUUUUGGGGCUUUUUUCGUUAAAGUGUCAGCGAUCAUAACCGAUCAACGUGGAAGAGAAAACAUAGGCAAGAGAUAACCUUGUGUGACCAUUACUUUCCUUCAGUCCACCAUGGAUAGGAUGAAGAUUCAUGUAGACUUUAAGAGAAGACAGCCUAAAGGUCCUCCAGACACACUGGACAUUGGCAGAUCUGUUCUGGUGUGCAACGUGUUUGUCUUCCUCUUCUCUGCUGCCAAAUCCAGUCUCUUCCCAUUCCUGCCAUUGUACCUGCGAUACCUCGGCUUCUCAGCCUCACAAACUGGGCUCAUCAUUGGAGGGAAAACAUGCUCGGCCUUAAUCAUGGCUCCUCUGUGGGCGAGAUGUGCAGGGAAGAGAAAUAAGCGUAAGCUGGUUCUUAUGUUCUCCAUCCUUAUGUUGGCAGCAGUUUAUCUCUCCCUCACGCUCAUCCCAACAAUAAAAGUGGAUGGACGCCCAUUGGGUGGGUGUGAAGGCCCAGACUCGUUAAACUGGACUGCUUCUAAACAGACACCUCCAACUUCAUCAAUUCCAUCAACGUCUGAACAGGUGUCAAGGAUGGCAUCAUCGUCAACUCCAAGUCAAAAAUCUACAAAGGCUCCAGAUGAUGAAGGAAAUGUGCCACCGAACGAUUCAGUUUUGCAUACAAACAGUGUGUCUAGAGUAACCUCAACUACGUCCUUAAUGCCUACAACAACAACAACACAGAAGGUGGUGGAGAAUGAAGGGACCAGCAAUCCUAAGGAGCUGAAACUACCAGAAGCUGUGCUCAAGGCAGCAAAGAAAGCGGUGGAUAGACUGGGCAUGAGUGUUUCAGACCUGUCCAAAAUGACACCCAAGAAGAUCAAACUGUUGCUUCAAACCAUUCCAGAAGGAGAGCAGUUGUAUAUGAUUAUCAAACCAUUAUCACCACAAGAAAUUACGCUAAUGUUCCAACUGUUGAGCACUGAGCUUGGCAACGAUAGGCACAAAAGAGACACAACAGACACCUGGACAAAGUUCAAGUCCAAGGUGUCGUACUUCACAGACAAAGUUCUGGAGAACAUUCUCGCUCUCAGAAAACAGUUGUUCCUUACCGUUUUGGCCAUUCUCGUCAUUGGAGAGAUCUUUUGUUCCCCGGUGGAAAAAGUAGCUGAUGAUUCUUGGUAUGAUUUCCUUGAUGAGGUAGAUGAUCUGGAAAAGUAUGGCCGCCAGAGAUUGCUGACGUCAUUUGCCUUCAUCAUUUUUCCCAUCCUGACAACGCUGCUGGUUGAUUUUACACCAUGCUCCCUUGGUAGUAGUCUCAAUCACCAGUCCAUCCACUUUUACAUGUUUGGUGGCUGCUUAGGUCUUACCUUUGUGGUAGCCAUGUUUUACCCGGUCCCAACACCAGGUAAACGGAAAUACGUCAGUAAAGUCAUCAAAGGCUGCCGAGUGUUGUGUUGUAAUGGAAGAAACUUCCUGUUUAUUAUCACCGUGUUUGUAAUGGGUGUGAUUUACUCCACUUCAAAUUACCUGUUCUGGGUUGUCCAGGAUUUGGGUGGGAAAGAACUUCCAAUGGGUGUAGCAGUGGCAGUGGCAGCAUUUUCGGAGUUCCCAAUGCUAAUCUUCAGUGACAGACUUGUGAAGAAACUAUCGCACAGUGGUGUUAUCACCCUCGCCAUGGCAUUUCUGGCAGUGAGGCAGUUAUAUUAUUCAUUUCUGUGGACAAAUUGGGCAGUUGUCCCCAUAGAGAUUCUUCACUCUGUGACACACACAGCUAUGUGGUGGGCAAUGCUGAGCAACCCAGACUUUGCCAUAAGCACGCCCGUGGACAGGAGCAUUCGCUCUAUUUUGUCCUCCCUCUACUUUGGGGUGGGAUAUGGAGCAGGAUCCUUUAUGUUCGGUUUUGUGUUCGAAAAGUUUGGACAUGUUAUUCUAUAUCGUGGGGCAGCAAUCCUUGUGGCCUCAUGGAUGAUCUUAUUUGUUAUUAUUAAUCGCUGUAUUCCAACCAAAACGAGGAUCAGGUAUGCAAAGUUAUUACAGGCUGAGGAUGGAAACCUGAGUGAUUCCUCCAAUGAUUUCCAGGAGGAUUGGUUAGAAAAAGCCUUGCAGGAUCACUAAGGCAGUUGUUUGUGUGUCUUAGGGGGUUUUAAUAUAAAAUGGAAAAUCUCUAAUUAUGCUUUAUAAUGCAACUCGCUGAGUGAUCAUAAAAUUACGUACAUGGGUUGUGUCUAGUGGAAGAGGUUAUAGAAAGGUUAAAUGGUAUUGUACUUGCUUUGUACAGUAGAUCAGGUGGGAAAACUUUGUCUUUCAGUUAUCACCUGAAGCUUCCAGUAUAUGGACACUUCAAAGUCCAUUAAUACCUUAACUUGGCAUCAGACUUUGUUCAUGUGUUAUAAACAAAAUAAUUUACAACAAUUUAUGGUAUAAAUGUGAAUAAAUUGAGUGCCUUCUAAUUAUAAGAUAUUGAAAACUGUUCUACAUAAAGCUUUAUUUAUUAAAUGUGUGUUUCGCACAUACCAGUGGGAAAAACUGUGGUCAAAAGAUUGAUAGUAUAAAUUUAUAUAAGCCGAAACCUGUUACAAGUAUAUGCAAUCUUUUAGCCUAAUAUAAUAUUAGUAUAUACUUAAAUCCAGUAAUAUUUAUGACAGUAUGCAUAAUGUUUUCUAUCAAAUACAAUUUGUAUAUUUGAGAGAUAUUUGUGGGCCAUUUUUGCCAAAUACUGACAUGAGGUUUUUGUUUUAUAUACGUGCUUUGUAUAUUUUGAUUGCUAGAGUACAUGUGUACAUAUACAUGUAUCUGUAUAUUGUAUGAGCUACAUGUACAUUGUACAUCUCCAUGUCUAAUUUACUACCAGUACAUUUGUUUCUGUUUUGUUUCUUUGUUCUUGUUUGUUUUUUUUUUUCGGUGUUUUUGUUUUCUGAGAAUGAUUUUUAGUUUUAUGUUAUACAUUAUUUUCCAAGAUACAUUUCUGCUCAAUUGUUUAACAAGGUUGUUGAUUCAGUUGUACAAACUGAGAUUUUAUACUAUUCUGCAUUGUUUUAUUUUUUUUAAAUAUUUCUUUGUGGUUAAUGUCUGAAAUAUGUAAGAUAAACUUGUAUUCCUUUGCAAUGUUUAAACCAAAACUGUUCCAGUUACUGCUCAGCCAUUCCUUCUUUAAUACGUGUAACAUGCAGUAGAAAUUUAUUAAAGCCAAAAUUUAUAUCUACAUGUACCUUAAACUGGCAUGACUUCAGAGUUGUUCCAGUUGAUUUUUUUGCAUUCUGCGUGAAUUUACAUUGAUUAUGCCACAUGUGUAAGUACCGCAUUCAUACUCUAUACUAGGAUUUAGUGUGAUGUUUUUUUCGUUUUUUGUAAUUUUUUGCAGACAUUGUAUAUUCUCUGUAUAUCCAAUACUUUACACCUCCAUUGCUCUUAUUCUGGGCAACAAGAAGUGACAGUCCAGAUGUAAAAAUUAUCCAGAAGUAAACAAUGAAUACAGUUUCAAUCCAGAAUAGACAAAACUUGCUUAAUAUAAAAUUCAGUAUUGGAUAAUGCUAUUGAUGUGAAACAUAACAAAACCCUAUUAAUACCAAAUUUUAGAGUCUGCUGUAACGUAAUAUUGAUGAGUAUGUUUCAAGUAUGAUGUACUCAACUUUGUAUUAUUUCACAAGACACUGAGGCUCAGAUGCAUUCAUACAGACAUAAAAAUGUUGUGGGAUCUGAAUUGUAGAUAUCAGGCCUGUAUUCAAUGUAAUUAGUAGAUGCGGGACACGUUUGGUUGAUAUUUAAUGCCAAACUCUUAGAUGGUGUUGAGGUAUGUGGAUGUAAGAAACUUGCACAAGUGCCUGGAGUAAACCACAGCUUUGUCGAUUGCUGUCAAACGCUGAGAUGGUGUUGAGGUAUGUGGAUGUUAGAAACUUGCACGAGUAACUGGAGUAAACCACAGCUUUGUCAAUUGCUGUCAAACUCUGAGAUGGUGUUGAGGUAUGUGGAAGUAAGAAACUUGCACGAGUACCUGGAGUAAAUCACAGCUUUGUCAAUUGCUGUCAAACUUCUUGUGCUUUCUGGAUACACAUCAACCUUAUAUUAAGUAUCGUAUAUUAUCAUAAUGCAUUGUUCUAUUUUUGAGUAACAGGCUGUAACUCAAGUGGCCUUGGUAGUAGUCUAUUAAAACAUAGUCCCAUUUCUAUUUCAUUGCUUGUAUGAUAACAGUUGAUAUGGUACAUUUAUUAUAUGUAUGAGAAAUGCAGUGUGUAUAUCUGCCUGUUUGAGUUCUCGUGUUUGAUAGUACAUGAAUAUGUAAGUUAUCUUGAAGUUACAGUAACCUAUUACCUGCAUAAUAUUUAUCUGUUCAGGCAGUGUGCAAUUUGAUUUUCUUUGAUCUCUGUUUU